AUGAAGAAUGUUUCCUUGUUUUUCGUAGUUUUUUCUUUCGUCGCAAUCACCCUAGUAUUUGCUUCUCUUGAGCCACUCCCUGGUGGUUGGCGUAGGUCUGAAGCAACUUUACUAGAUCAAAGAAGUCUUGUUGACAAGACCCAUACAGUGGAAAAAAGAGUUAAUGCCCAGAUCACCUAUUACGAAGGCCAAGAUCUAAAGAAUUCAGCUUGCUAUGGGAGAAAUGGACUUCCAGUAUAUAACGCUCGACCGACGGAUAUGAUUGCAGCCAUGGCUAUGUCUGGAUUAGACAUGUGCUACAAAUGUAUUGAAAUUAAAAAUCAUAAAAAAAAGGUUGUCACCAUAAUUGUUAAAGUUAUCGAUAUAUGCGGUGGAUGUCCUCCUGGUAAAAACAAUGUUGACUUGACCAAAACAGCUUUCAGUAAACUCGCUAAUCCAAUUGAUGGCCGAGUUGAAAUUGUAUGGCGUCCACUUCCUAAUUGCCCUACAAAAGGAAAAUGGCCUAAAUUUGAAAAGCGCAAGCAUUAA